AGACUAUAUGUACAUACAUACACAAACACACACACACACACAUAUAUAUAUAUAUAAUUAUAUAGCAAGUACGGAAGUAGAGAGACAAUAAUAUUCCUGAGGAAAUUAAAUAGAAAAAGAGGAAAGAAAAUAAUGGAGAGAUGGAAAGUAACGAGAGGAGGUGUUAGAUCAGUAUCAGGAAGCAGCAGCAGCAGCACCAUCAUCAUGCUCAGAGACAAAGAUACAGAUCACGCUGCAACUGCAACCGCAAAUGUUGAUCGACAACCGCCAUACUACUACAACAACACCACCAUUAAGCAGCAGCAGCAGCUUCAUGUAGACGUGGAUCGGUAUUCGAGUACUACUAGUAUCAGUGUUACUGCUGAUCAAGAAAUCAGCAUUUUUGACGCCCACAAAUACUUCAACCAACUAAGCAUCAACAACCACAUUGACGGCCAAAACCAUAAGGUGCAGGUUUCUGAUGGGCUGUCUGGAGUUUCGAGAUUCUCUUGGGCUGCUGGCUCUCCCUCAGUAUCUUCAGUUGAUGAUGCUGCUAUUAACUACCCUCUGCAUCUCCGAGCUCGUUCUUUCCAUGUCGUUUCUUCCAGUGCCACCCCAACGGCUUCCUCCGAAGCCAGUUGGAACAGCCAGACUGGCCUCCUAACCAAACCUCUCUGUGCUACCACCGCCACCAAUAGUAAUGUCGCAUUCAUGGCGCCUUUGCACAGUCGGACUAGUACAAAUCAUCCUCCUCAUCCUCAUCAUGAUGACCAUCAGAUUACUAAUAAGAAGAAAUUAAGAGGAUGGUCCAAGACAAUGUCGUUGAGUCCAAGAUGGCUUACUGCUUUUCCGAGGAGGUCAGCGAGAUGCCCCUGCUCGGGCAAGAAAUCAGUUCAAGUUGUUGCUCAGGAAAAGAAGUCAAGCAUGUCAUCAUCAUCAUCAUCAAUAGUCGGAGUUGGAGGCGGAGAUAUUUAUAACAUGCCGGCCCAAUUAAUUCUCACCAAGGAUGAGAUACCACUAGCUGCUCCAACUACUAGUGUUGUUACAGCUGCCAAUCUGAACCACUCUUCGAUUGCAAGGCCGCGUGACGACAAUCGCCAUGUGCUCUGGGGUGAUGAACGUCGUCGGAAUUGGGAACGCCAAGUCAACAAUACAACCAUCAAUGUGCAACCAGCCGCAAACUCUACCGCUACUACGACCAGCUGUAUUAGUACUGCUGCUGCUGGUGGCGGAUUUAGCUUUCCGAUAUUAAAAUUCAAUGGGGACGGGGGAACUUCCUUGCCAUCGGCAACAGCUUCAAUCCCGAACCCAUCAAACAGUACUACUGAUCAUGUUCAAUGCGGCCGACUAAUUGGUGAUGUUAAUAAUAAAGAUGAGGAUGUGGGAAGCGAUGCAAGCUCUGACUUGUUCGAAAUCGAAAGCUUCUCAACCAGUACUACUCAAACGCUGCAAGCAACUAAUGCCGAUAUGCCCACCUACCCUCCACCAUCGUCAUCCAUGUUUGAAAAUUACUACCGCACUCGCCCGGAUUCUUUUUCAUUGGUUGAGGAUGCAGUUAGCUUCACUGAUACUCGACGUAUGAGUGCUAAUAACAAUUCCCGUCGAACAAGCUUAGAUCGUCGUCAACAUGACCCGCCUAUGGCAUCGUUAUCGACCGAUCAAUACUGUUACGAACCAAGUGAGGCCAGCAUCGACUGGAGCGUCACUACGGCAGAGGGCUGUGAUCGAUCCGACCAAUACGAUCACGACCACCAUGAUCACCAUGAUGAUGCUAACUUGGGAACUAAGGUAAUGACGAGCAGCAAACGACGGCCGCCUUCGCUGGGAAGUAAUAACAAUAAUAUGGGGUUGUUGAGCUGUCGGCGGGAGAAGGCCGUCAGUGUGGGGCCCAACCCAGUGAGACUAAUGGCCAUGCCUGCUGCUCCUGUUGAUCAUGACUACUGUCAGAGUCGACAUAGGGGUGUAGGAGUGGGACCCACAAGUCUAUCAGUGUGUUCAAACAACUCCAGAGCUACGGUGCAUGUGGGAAGUAGGUCCGCAGCGUUAGCUAGACAAUAAGAAGGCACAGCAUGGAGUUGCAGCAGCUCGAUCGGUUGUCUUUUCCUUUUCAACCGCUAUUCUAGAAGGAUUUACAAUAAACAGGUUCACCGUCAGUAGCCUGAUAUUACAUGCGUUGCAUGCAUACAGAUAACGCACGCCAUCUAUAUGGAUCCACUCCUCCAAUCCGAAGUUCCUAGAGCCAGACAGCAUCUCUCUCGUCUGUAUUCUUUUCUUCACGUUAUUCACUUUUCCUUUGUAAAAUUCGAGAAUAAUGUCUUUCUUUUUUUUGUCUUCUUGUUGUGGGUGCAUGUGUGUUUUUGCUGGAUGCCAUAAUAAUUCAUUCUUUUUGUUUUUGUGUAAGUAGCUCUUCUUCUUGGUUUUUUUUUUUUUUUUUUUUUUUUUUUUUUUUUUAAUGCUAGUAAUGUUAUAUUACUACUCUAAGGUAUACUAGAGAGAGAGUAGGGUUUGUACCAUGAACGUAGUAAAUUGAAGAGAACGACUCAAUCCAACAUGCAACCUACACUUGUUCUGCAUUUGUUUUUUUUUUUUUUUUAAUUCAUUUUUAUUGGUUUCGAUAAUAAUAAAAUAUGCAAUACCACUACUUUAAUCUACACUGUAGAGAGAAGGUAAGGUUUGGACCAUGUACGCAAUGAAUUGAAGAGAGAGACUAAAUUUAGCAGGCAAUCUAAAGUUGUUUUGUAUUUGUUUUUCUGUUAUUUUUAUUGGUUUGAAUAAUAAUAAAUCCUACAAGAUAAGAUAAUAACUAGCAAUCAAUCUAGCUUGGUUGAGAACAUGUCAAAUGAUACCCUUUGGGCACUGUCUAUGUUUGUUUGUAGCCAAUUGAGAGUGGACACCAAGUAAAAAAACAUACCCUUUUUGGUUUUUUCCUUAACAAGGGGCAUUUGGAAUUUGGAUUAUUAACCCGCACCUAAAACUACAAACUCCGGCAACAAUCUCAGAUUGAGUUGCUGCACCUUGUUUCGAUUUAGAACGAGUUGAACUAAGUUGUUGCGCCUUAUUUGGGCUCAUCUCGAACUGCUCUACAAAUCCGAGCAAUGCAACCCUUUAAGAUCACAUAGAUCUGCAAAACCUAGCAUCCAUCGCAACCGCCAUCGAGUAGAUCAGGGCUAAAUUGCACCACCCCGCAGUAAUUAUGACAAUCUGCUUGCCAGUCCGAUAUGAAAGCUGUUCCGAUCACCGUAACUGCUAUCAGCGUUGUUCCGAUCCUCAUCAACCGACGGGUAGAGAGACUCAACU